AUGUCUCAAUCCACUGUGACGGCCGACGUUACACCAAAAAACAAGUUUCUACAACAACCCGGCAUAUACAAACAGGAUGUUGACCACUUGUCGGCCGAUGGUUCAAACUUCGAAAAGUGGAAAAGAGGACUCAAUCGAGUCAUUUUACUCACCCUCGGCCAUCCAAACUUCUUCGACAAAGCCGAAAAUUACACCAAGCUUUCCGACCAAGAACAAACCUGUCUUCUUUAUUUCAUCCAAAUCACUAUCCAUGACGAACUGGCUUCACUUGUUCACCAACACACAAAAGGCACAGCAGCUUACGAUGCAAUCCAGACUAAUUUUCAAGGAACCGUUCGCUUCCGUCAGAUGGAGCUUAUCGACAAGCUACUCGAGUUCAAAAUCUCCGGCCCCAACACCGAACCGUCUCAAAUUCCCGGCCUCUUCAACAAAAUCUUUGAUGUUUUCUCCGGCCUACACAAAGUCGGAGCGGGCCUCACACCUCUCGUUGAAAGCCUUAUCUUACAGGCUAUCGUCCCUCCACCAUCGACCAUGUCACGCUCGCAACUCUUCCAAAACAUCUCCCUUCAACUGGGCACUAAACCCGAUGUAUCGGCUAGGGACAUCCAGACCAUUCUCACAUCGGCUUAUGGCGAAUCUCUGCGCUUCGAUACGACUACAUCCCAAAAUGUAUCCGUUUUUCGUACAUGGCCAAACCAACCUAACAACUCCAAUCCGUGGAACACGGCUCCCGGUUCUAAUUUUAACUCUUGGGGCACGACGAACCAACAACAACCUAGGAAUCCCCGCCGAAAUCCCGUUCCUCAGUCGCAACAGUCCUUUUCUCCGCAAUCAACCAAUAACAAUCGAGGUCGUCAGCAGAAUGUCGGCCGACCUGGACAUCCGACUCUUGACGACAUUGCAGCGGCAAUCAAUAAUAUCCGCCGAGGCAACCGUGGACCAUCCGACAACAACUUGCUGGCAUCCAACCCGUGCCUCUACUGUGGGGCGAUGGGUCAUUGGAGAUUGAGCUGUCCGAUCCUCCGCAGGGAUGCCAACCUGCAACAACCCGAACCCCCACUGCAAGGUCGCCCCGCUUCCGGUUUCGCCCGCCAAGCCGCUCCUCCGAACGACCCGCCCACUAGACCCAAUCAGAACCCGGCAAUUCGAUUGGCGGUGGGCGCGGAUGCGACAGGACCCGCUGGCGCUGGCACGGUUUUGGAUUCUGGGGCGACCCAUCACGUGAGCGGCUCUUUCCAUAAUUUUUCUAACCUUCUUUCUCUCCAUCCUCCAAUGAAACUGAACUUGGCCUCUUCGACUGGAUUGAUGACUCGAAUGCCCAUAGUGGACGCCUGA